UUCGAGGCUACAUGGAGGAGUUUGGUUGUAGGAAGAAGCUGCAGCAGUGAAAGAAGCGGAUUUAAAGUUUAUCUGACACCAAGUUGGAUUCAUGUGAGCCACCGAAGGAUAUUAACACGCCAGCCAUGACUGUAAUAAUUGGGUUUGAGGGCAGUGCCAAUAAGAUCGGCAUCGGAAUCAUCAGGGAUGGAGAAGUUCUUUCCAAUCCUCGACGCACUUACAUCACACCUCCUGGUCAAGGAUUCAUGCCGAGCGACACGGCCAGGCACCACCGGGCCGUCAUACUGACCGUCCUGAAGGAGGCGCUGGAACAAGCAGGGCUCAAGCCUGCAGACAUCGACGGGGUGGCGUACACCAAAGGUCCUGGUAUGGGGGCCCCCUUGGUGACGGUGGCUCUGGUUGCUCGUACAGUCGCACAGCUUUGGGGGAAACCGCUGCUCGGGGUCAACCACUGUAUCGGACACAUUGAGAUGGGUCGACUCAUCACCAAAUCCGACAACCCCACCGUGCUCUAUGUCAGUGGGGGGAACACACAGGUUAUUGCGUACUCAGAGCGGCGGUACAGGAUAUUUGGGGAGACCAUCGACAUUGCUGUUGGAAACUGCUUGGACAGGUUCGCCAGAGUUAUAAAGAUUUCCAAUGACCCCAGUCCGGGCUACAACAUAGAGCAGAUGGCCAAAAAAGGGAGUCAAUAUGUGGAGCUGCCAUAUACUGUUAAAGGAAUGGACGUCUCAUUUUCUGGGAUUCUAUCCUACAUUGAGGAUGCUGCUAAUAAGAUGCUGAGCUCGGGUCAGUGUACAGCAGAGGACCUGUGUUUUUCACUGCAGGAGACAGUAUUCGCCAUGCUGGUGGAGAUCACAGAGAGGGCCAUGGCUCACUGCAACUCACAAGAGGUCCUCAUCGUCGGGGGGGUUGGCUGUAACAUGCGUCUGCAGAAGAUGAUGGAGGUGAUGUGUCAGGAGCGAGGAGCGAAGCUGUUUGCCACAGAUGAACGAUUCUGCAUAGACAACGGAGCAAUGAUUGCUCAAGCUGGCUGGGAGAUGUUCCGGUCCGGUCAGGUGACGGAGCUGGAAGACUCAUGGAUAACACAAAGGUACAGAACAGAUGAAGUGGAGGUGACGUGGAGAGACUGACUGAUGGACUAGAGACAUGUCUGUUAUGACUGGAGAGCAGUGCAGCUGGCAUCUGAACACUCACUUCAACUCGGCUGCAUUCGACAUGAAGAGCUACUCAGUCAAAUUAGGCCAAACAUCGAAUGGCUUCCACUUCACUUGUGUUUAAGGACAAGUCUUUGUUUUUCUUGUGAACAAAUCCAAUGAAAAGGCCAAACCCAACAUUGAGCUGAUCCUAACAAGAAUUAUGUAUGCAAAGACUGUCAUACAGUGCCAUGAGAUGUUUGAAUGCAAAUCUUAGUUUCCCAACCACUGCACACCUUCCUUGAGUCACAUUUGCUAAACGCUCCAGUGCUCAUCUGUUACUGAGUAUUUUUUUAAAUCGUGGAUAGGGAUUUGUAUUCAGAGAUGUUAGAUUUCUUUUACAUGGUAUUUAACACUAUAAAUGGAUUUUCAGCUUUACCAUUAAUGGGAUAGUUCAUCCACAAAUGAAAAUCCAUUUAUCUACUCACCCCUAGGCCGUUUGAGUCCACAAAACAGGAGCAAACUUUGUUAGAAUCCAAUACAAUUUAAGUCAAAGGUGAGUCCUGGUGAGAGAAAGGUUUCGUUCCCUCCUGCAAAACCUCUUCUGGUCCUUGGAGGUGGUGCAGUUUUCCUUCUGACCUGUCCAGGCUUGAAGCAGCUUGUAUUUUAACAGAGGCUGUGUGUGGGUAAUAAAACGGACUAAGAUGGAAAAUAUCACGUUUAUUCAUUUUUAUUGAGCAAUACCGUUCACUUACAUUUUCCCCUUCUCCAGUGUAAAUUUUUUUAUUCAAUAAAUUUUCUUUUCAAAAAUCAA